UUGUCAUACUUAUGUCACUCGGAGUCUUCACAAGCAAGCGCAAUGUUUUUGUAGUUUAUUUUACUCUAAAUAACCUCUUAAAACUGAUAAAGCUGACAUAAAUAAGUAGUUUUACUUAGUUAAUAAGUAUUGGUGUUAAAUAAGUGUACUUAAGAUGGCAGAAGAAGAUGAUAACUUGCAUCGUUUGGAGGGAACAUCGGGCGAUGCUCCGGGCGGUCUUAUUUUAAAAAAGAAGGAAGCCCCUGCUGAAUUUCAGUUUGCAAAGCCUUCGUUAUUGGGUCUGGAUAAGCUGGCUGCUGCGAAGCGUAAACAGAACCGUCUGAUAUCAUUCCAAGAUGACAAUAAUGAUGAUGAUGCUGAUAGCAACAAGGGGGAAGCUAGUACCUCUAAGGAACGUAAAUAUAGGAAGCAUAACGAAGAAACGCCGACGUACACUGGUGGUAUAUCAGAACAAGCGCGGGAACGGAUGCUGGAGCGAUUACAAAGAAGGGAAAAGGAAGCAAAAGAAAAAGGUGUUCACAAUUCAACACAAGAAGAAAAGAAAACAAGAUCGAAAGAUGACGAAGAUGAUCGUUAUUACCGCCACCGUUACGACAGGAGGGAUCGUGAUAGAGACAGGAGAAGGGAUGAUAGGAGAGACGACAGGAGAGAGAGGGACAAAGAUAGAGAUAGAAGGAAAGAUAGAGACUCGGAUAGAAGAGAUCGUGAUUCUGACAGGAGAGGGGAUAGCUCUAGAAGAAGUUACUAUGAACCCAGGUUUAAGGAUGAACCUAGGACUCCUAAUUUGAAAGUACUAAAACCAACUGACAAGACACCAUGGGACGAUGAUGACGAUGAUCCGAAGGCACCGCUCCGUAAGUCCAGCUGGGACUUCCCGACGCCGCUUACUCGGGAGUAUGGGGCUGACCGGUCUCAACGCAGUGACAGAAGUGGAAAGCCGAUGAGAGACUAUAAGGGAAGACCAUAUGAUAACACUCCUAGACCCUCGCCACACAAAUUUGCUAGUUCGAGACGUGCAGUCGAUAUAGAGGAUCCAGAUUGGGAGGAAGCCGAAAAGAAAUUGGAUCGAGCCUGGUACAAUAUGGGUGAAGGCGAAGCCGAUGAAUCCGAUCCUUUUGCCGGCACGUCUGCUGAAUACGUAGCUCGCAAAGAGGAACAAAUUGAGAAACGGCGCAACCGUAAAGUGUCCGCCCAACGACAGCAGAUAGACAAAGACAACGAGCUGUGGGAGCGAAACAGAAUGCUGACCAGCGGUGUCGUGCAUGCUAUUAAUGUUAACAAUGAUUUGGAUGAGGAGAAUGUUGACCGCGUACAUCUGUUGGUCCACAACAUUGUGCCGCCAUUCCUUGAUGGACGUAUCGUGUUCACCAAGCAACCGGAACCCGUCAUACCUGUAAAAGACCCUACAUCAGAUAUGGCGAUGAACGCUCGCAAGGGCUCUGCACUUGUCAAGGCGUUUAGAGAGCAGAAAGAACGCAGGAAGGCGCAGAAGAAACACUGGAAACUAGAAGGAACUAAAAUUGGUAACAUUAUGGGUAUACAGAAAAAGGAAGAAGAAAUGGAAGAUGGACCAACUAAGGAUGCUUACAAAUACGCUGAGCACUUGGACAACGAACCAAAAGAAGUGGAAUCGAAGUCGGACUUCGUGAAGAAGCUGACGAUAGCUGAACAAAGACGCUACCUGCCAGUGUUUGCUGUCAGGGAGGAACUGUUACAGGUUAUACGAGAGAACAGCGUCGUCAUUAUUGUUGGCGAGACGGGCAGCGGUAAGACAACGCAGCUGACUCAGUACCUGCACGAGGAGGGCUUCAGCCGCCUCGGGAUGAUCGGCUGCACGCAGCCAAGGAGAGUGGCCGCCAUGUCCGUCGCCAAGAGGGUGUCCGAUGAAAUGAAUACUAAGCUGGGAGACGAGGUGGGCUACGCGAUCCGCUUCGAGGACUGCACGUCGGCCAGCACGGUCAUCAAGUACAUGACGGACGGCAUCCUGCUGCGCGAGGGGCUGCGCGAGCCCGACCUCGACAACUACUGCGCCGUCAUCAUGGACGAGGCGCACGAGCGCUCGCUCUCCACAGACAUGCUGUUCGGCCUGCUCAGGGAGGUGGUGGCCCGUCGCUCCGAUUUGAAGCUGAUCGUGACGUCAGCCACCAUGGACUCCACGAAGUUCUCUACGUUCUUCGGCAACGUGCCCACGUUCACUAUACCAGGACGGACCUUCCCCGUCGAGACUUUCUUCGCGAAAAAUGUCUGUGAGGACUACGUAGAUGGCGCUGUUAAACAGGCUCUGCAGAUUCACCUGCAGCCUGAUGAGGGAGACAUCCUGAUCUUCAUGCCGGGUCAAGAGGACAUUGAGGUUACUUGCGAGGUGCUAACAGAACGUCUAGCUGACCUGGACAGCGCUCCACCGCUGACAGUUCUUCCGAUAUACUCUCAGCUGCCCGCCGACCUGCAAGCCAAGAUCUUCCAGCGCGCGCCACCCGGCCAGAGGAAAUGCAUUGUCGCUACUAAUAUUGCAGAAACCUCACUGACUGUGGACGGCAUCAUGUACGUGAUUGACAGCGGCUACUGCAAACUGAAGGUGUACAAUCCUAGGAUCGGUAUGGACGCUCUGCAGAUCUACCCAGUAAGCCAGGCUAACGCCAGGCAGCGAGCUGGCCGAGCUGGGCGCACAGGCCCUGGCAAGGCCUUCUGCCUCUACACCCAGCGGCAAUACCAACACGAGUUGCUGUCCUCAACAGUGCCAGAGAUACAGCGCACCAACCUCGCUAACACCGUGCUGCUGUUGAAGUCUCUUGGCGUUGAGGAUCUAUUAGCUUUCCACUUCAUGGACCCGCCUCCGCAGGACACGAUCCUGAACUCGAUGUACCAGCUAUGGAUCCUGGGCGCUCUUGAUGGCACCGGCGCGCUGACGGCGCUGGGCCGGCAGAUGGCGGAGUUCCCGCUCGACCCGCCGCAGUGCCACAUGCUCAUCGUGUCCGCAGAGAUGGGCUGCAGCGCUGAAGUGCUCAUUAUAGUAUCCAUGCUGUCAGUGCCAUCAGUGUUCUACCGACCUCAAGGCCGGGAGGAAGAGGCGGACUCUGUGAAGGAGAAGUUCCAAGUUCCGGAGUCUGACCACCUCACACUGCUGCAUCUGUAUAACCAGUGGAAGGCUAACAACUACUCGGGUCAAUGGUGCACUGAACACUUCGUCCACGGUAAGGCGAUGCGGAAAGUGCGCGAGGUUCGGCAGCAGCUGAAGGACAUCCUGCAGCAGCAGCGGCUGCCGCUCGUGUCCUGCGGGACCGACUGGGACACCGUCAGGAAGUGUAUCUGUUCAGCGUACUUCCAGCAAGCCGCCCGCCUGAAGGGUAUCGGCGAGUACGUGAACUGCCGCACAGGCAUGCCCUGCCACCUGCACCCGACGUCCGCGCUGUUCGGGCUCGGGAACUCUCCCGACUACGUCGUGUACCACGAGCUCAUGAUGACCACCAAGGAGUACAUGCACUGCGUGACCGCGGUCGACGGCAGGUGGCUGGCUGAACUGGGACCCAUGUUCUUCAGUGUCAAGGAGACUGGCAAAUCAAACCGCGACAAACGCAAAGAAGCAGCAGUCCACCUUCAGCGGAUGGAAGAGGAGAUGAAAGAAGCUGAACAGAAGAUGGCAGAAGAAAGGAAGAAGCGAGAAGAAGACGUCCCUGUAAAGCAGGAGAUCGCGACGCCCGGUCUCAACACGCCGCGCCGGACGCCGCACAGGCUCGGCCUGUGAUCUUAUUAUUAUAUCCCUUUUUUUGAUCAAUAAAGAAUUUUCAUCAGG